AUGAAAGCACCAAUUUUUGUCCAUGGUGGAUUGCCUUAUGAAAAAUUGAGGCCUGACCCUAUUCUGAGAAGUCUUUUGCUAAGCCUACCGAUCCGCAAAGUUAUCUUUACUAAUGCUGAUGAGGUCCAUGCUCUCAAAGUUCUAAAUAAACUUGGAUUGGAAGAUUGUUUUGAAGGGAUAAUAUGCUUUGAGACUCUUAAUCCAAUUGACAAGAGCAAUGCUACUACUAAUAAUGGCUCUCAUGAGAUCUUUGACAUAAUUGGACAUUUUUCUCAACCUAAGGCUGACUCAGUGUUGCCAAAGACACCAAUUCUUUGCAAACCUUCACAAGUUGCCAUUGAAAGGGCAUUGGACCUUGCCAACAUCAUUAAUCCACACACAACACUUUUCUUUGAAGAUAGUGUGCGUAACGUUCAAGCUGGCAAGCGUGUAGGUCUUGAUACAGUUCUGGUUGGGAAGUCCCAAAAAGUUGUAGGUGCAGAUUAUGCACUAGAAAGUAUCCACAACAUAAAGGAAAUAUUACCACAACUUUGGGAGGUUGAGAAGGUGGCUGAAGUUACCUACUCUGGUGUUGCUGUGAAGACAUCUGUCAUAGCUUAG